CUAACCGGAAAGCUCCAAUAAUUUGCAGCAACGGGGCUUUUUGCAGCAGCCGGCUGUCUUACUCGUAUAAGGCAGGCUAGUUGGCUAUUUUCUGUCCUAAGAGACAGUUUUGCAUUAUUUUUAAUGACGGCGCCUUUGCUUUCCUGGUCGGAGAAAGCGCUUCGGCUGCUUCGGAAAAUGGACAACUUUAAUCUCCCAGGUUCCAGUCGUGCACAGUGUCUAAAGUUUGAAGUAGACGGGGUGCAGGUGGGGUGGAUACCUGCAACUGUGGUGCCUGUGCUGAGCAGGUUUCCCCAAGUAUUCACCCUGCCACAGCGGGGCGCUGUAGCACUGUGCCCCAGCCUGGACACCUACAGCAGCAGGUCUGAAGCUGUGCAUGAUGUCAUCAAGGCACUGAGGGAGGAGAACCAUUUUACCUGUCUGAGGGGGUGGAGAGAGGAGAAGUAUGAAGUAAGGGCAAGAUACUGUGACAGUCCAUUACUGUGUAUGGAGAGAGCAGCAACCAGCCUCUUUGGGGUGAAGCGCUACGGUGUCCAUGUGAAUGGUUAUACUCGAGGAGCGGAUGGGGCGCUAAGCAUUUGGUUGGCACGACGCUCCCCCACCAAACAGACCUACCCUGGGAAACUGGACAACCUGGCAGCUGGUGGGUUGGCCGCAGGAAGCAGCGUGAAGCAGACCCUGAUCAAAGAGUGCCAAGAGGAAGCAUGCAUCCCAGAAUGCAUUGCUGAGACUGCCCAACCUGUGGGGACAAUCAGCUACACCUAUGAGGAUGAAGAGGGCGUGUUUCCUGAGAGCCAGUUUGUGUUUGACCUGCAGCUGCCGGUCCACUUCAGGCCUCAGAUCGGCGAUGGCGAGGUGCAGGACUUCCUCCUGUAUCCCAUAGAGCAGGCGAAGGACGUGCUGGUGAGUGAGGACUUCAAACCCAACAGCGCAAUGGUGCUUCUGGACUUCCUGAUCAGAAACUCCUACAUACAGCCAGACUCUGAGCGGUAUUACCAGGAGUUUGUGGUGGGACUGCACAGACCUCUCUGACAGCAGAGGACAGCGGAAUCCGCUACGGACGAGAGGAGAACUCCAGGGCGGCGGCCAUCUUGUGUCCAAGCGGAGUAAGGAAAGCCACAGCGUGCCGUUAUACGGGCGUCAGGCGGUCGUGUGAUGAGCACAUGACCGAGGCUGCGUCCGAAAUCGCAUACUAUGUACUACAUAGCAUACAGUCAGGUCCAUAAAUAUUUGGACAUUGACGAAGUUAUUGUUAUUUUAGCUGUUUACCACAGCAUAUUGAUGUUAAAUUUAAUAAAUUAAAAUAAAUUAGAUAACAAAUAAGUGCAGACCUUCAGCGUUAAAUUGAAGGUAUUUACAUCCAAAUCGGGUGAACGGUCUAGGAAUGACAGCACUUUUUAUAUGUGGUCCCCCCCCUUUUUAAGGGACCAAAGGUAAUUGGGCAAUUGGCUGCUCAGCUGUUCAAUGGCCAGGUGUACGUUAUUCCCUUAUUAUUUCAUGUACAAGUAAGCAGAUUGAUUUUAAGUGUGGCAUUUGCAUUUGGAAUCUGUUGCUGUUAACUCUCAAUAUGAAGUCCAAAGAGCUGUCACUGUCGGUGAAGCAAGCUAUCAUUAGGCUGAGAAAAACAAAAAACCCAUCAGAGCGAUAGCAAAAACUUUAGGUGUGACCAAAUCAACUAUUUGGUACAUUCUUAAAAAGAAAGAACGCACUGGUGAGCUCAGGAACACCAAAAGACCCGGAAGACCAUGGAAAACAACUGUGGUGGAUGACAGAAGAAUACUUUCCCCGGUGAAGAAAAACCCCUUCACAACAGUUGGCCAGAUCAAGAACACCCUCCAGGAGGUAGGCGUAUUUGUGUCAAUGUCAACAAUCAAGAGAGGACUUCACUAGAGUAAAUACAGAGGGUUUACCACACGAUGUAAAUCAUUGGUAAGCCUCAAAAACAGGAAGACCAGAUUAGAGUUUGCCAAAAAAACAUCUAAAAAAGCCUGUACAGUUCUGGAACAACAUCCUAUGGACAGAUGAGAUAAAGGUCAACUUGUACCAGAAUGAUGGGAAGAGAAGAGUAUGGAGAAGGGAAGGAACUGCUCAUUAUCCAAAGCCACCUCAUCUGUGAAGCAUGGUGGAGGUAGUGUUAUGGCGUGGGCAUGCAUGGCUGCCACUGGAACUGGUUCCCUUGUAUUUAUUGAUGAUGUGACUGCUGACAAAAGCAGCAGGAUGAAUUCUGAAGUGUAUAGGGCUAUAUUAUCUGCUCAGAUUCAGCCAAAUGCUUCAAAACUCACCGGACGAUGCUUCACAGUGCAGAUGGACAAUGACCUGAAGCAUACUGCGAAAGCACCCCUAGACUUUUUUAAGGCAAAGAAGUGGAAUGUUCUGCAAUGGCCAAGUCAAUCACCUGACCUGAAUCCAAUUGAGCAUGCAUUUCACUUGCUGAAGGCAAAACGCCCCAAGAACAAGCAGGAACUGAAGACGGCUGAAGUAGAGGCCUGGCAGAGCAUCACCAGGGAAGAAACCCAGCGUCUGGUGAUGUCUAUGGGUUCAAGGCUUCAGGCAGUCAUUGACUGCAAAGGAUUUGCAACCAAGUAUUAAAAAUGACAAUUUAAUUUAUGAUUAUGUUAGUUUGUCCAAUUACUUUUGAGCCCCUAAAAUUGGGGGGCUAUUUAUAAAAAUGGUUGUUAUCCCUACAUUGUUCAUACAGUAUUUUUGACAAAACCCUUAAAUUAAAGCUGAAAGUCUAAACUUAAA